GAGAGUUAUCCACUUCCUCCCUCCUGGAGGAGGUUGUCGUGGCUAGUUUUGGUGCCAGCCAGCCAGUCGCCACUCGCCAGUCCCUCCCUCCCUCCCCCCCGAGUAGCAGUAAGUCGAGAUGAAAUGGCGCCGCCGCCGGUGCUGCUGCUGCCACGGUGGCUCCUAGUAGUCGGAGGAGUGACGUCCGCAGCCAAACCUCGCAGCUUCUCCAACUAUUCCCUCCCUGGCAUUGGGCUCGGCUCAUCCAACAGCAGCAGCACAAGGAGCAGAAGCAGCAGGCGCUUCUCCUCCAACGCCGAGCAGUCCACCGGAAGCCGGCGGAGGUGGUGGUCCGACGAGGCCCAGUUCGACGACAACGACGAAGAAGAAUUCGAGGAGAACGAGGAGGAGGGCUUCUCGUUUGGUGGCGGGUCUGCGAGCUGGAGCCAGGCGUUCGACGAGCCAUGGUUCACCAAGGCGUCGCGGGCGUACGGGUACGUGCUCCCGGUGGUUCUGGUGUCCAUGCUGGCGGCCUCGGGGCCGCAGGCGUUCCUGAUGGCCAUGGCCAUCCCGCUCGCCCAGUCUGCCGUCUCCUUGGCCAUCCGCGCCUUCUCCAACACAUCAUCUUGGGGCCGCCGUAACCAAGAGGAGUACGAUGACGACUAUUAUUCCGAUUACAGAAGCAGCGGCUGGGAGGAACCCGAACAAGAAGAAUACAGCAACACCUCCUCGGCCAAGUAUAAAGAUAGCAGCAGGAGCAGGAGCCAACAGCAGCAGCCAUGGGCCAAGGGUGGCAAGUCUGAAGAUGCAGAACCAACGGUGGGUUCAGAUAAUACUGACAGUGCCAGCAGCAGCAACAAUACCGAUAAAAGCGGCAGCAGUGCUGGUUUUGGAGGAUGGGACGAGCUCGACGCCGGCAACGACGUCCAGUACCGCAGCAGCGGCAGCAGCAGGCGGAGUGCAGGAGCGUCGCCCGCGGCGGAUAAAGCUUCUGCUGCUGCUACUGGUGGGGGUGGUGGUGCGGCGAGAUCAAUGAGGAGGAGGAGGCCACAGCCAGAAAGGAGGAGACCAAGAAGCAGAGCAGCUGCAGCUGCGAGGUACAGGCAGUCGCCCCUGUUCAUGCGCCUGCUCGUCGCCCUCUUUCCGUUCCUCGGUUCAUGGUUCAGAAUUAUGCUCUGAAACAGGUACAGCCUGCCCAUUCAUUUCUUUCCUCCUUAGCACAUUUGAUGUCUGUAUGCAUGUGUAUGUGACUCGGUAAUCACCAUCGACUAUAUAUUCACAUAACGAAUUGUGAUGAACAAUCAACAUGCAUGACUGAAUCAACAGAUCCGCCCUCCCGCAUUACUAAAGUAGCAUCGAAGAUGAAUGAUUGCUUUGCUUGAAUCAUAUCGAACCAUUGCUCAAGUGGUCUCCGUAAGAAAGCGGUUUUUUUACCUGUAAUGCCUGCAUCAUCCCGCGCUUCUUAAUAAGGCCAAAGAGUUUGCACAUAAACUUUUUAAAGGAAAUCAGCGGACACAUUUACUGCAAGAUACUAGCAAUUGAUUAUUUUUUAAGGGAAAAGGCGGUCGAUAUGCUGAUUUGAUCAGAUAUAAUAGAGGUUCAUGUACAGAGUUAUUUUCUUAAAAAAUACAAAUUGUUUUGCUAGUUCCAGUUUGACCAAAGUUAGAGCUCGGUCGAAGUCCCCUUAGGAUUGCACAUGAGGUUGCAAUUGCAGCUCAAAUUUCCCAGCUGCAUAUAAAUUGCACAUGAAAUUGAAUGAUGUGAUGACGGAGGGAAGAAAAAACGCCCCGUCCUCGGGUCGCUCCCCCCGCGGGCGACUCCAGGGCGCCCCAACCCUAGCCCCCGUCCACCCUCCCCUUCCGCCAUUCCCCCGUCGCCGCCGCCGGGCAAAGCCCGGGCGGUGUCGGCGGCGGCGGCCACUUCUCUACCCGGCGCGCUCCCUCUCCAGGCGGGGCUGGCGGGCAGGCGGUGGUGCUCCUAGGUCGUCUGCGUUUCGGUGGCGGCGCGGCGUUGGGUGGCCUGGUGGCGGCGGCGCGGCGACAAGGAAGCUGGCGGCGGCGCUCUCCCGACUCGGAUCUGGGCCUAGGCGAGCUAGGUACAUGCUUCCAUGUGGUGUCUUCGGCGAGUGACGGAGCGGCUCGUGCUGCGGGGGCUCUAGACGGCGGCUCGCUGACUGCAGCGUGGCCAUGGGAGCUUCACGAGCCCGCCGAGCUCGGCCGGGCCAGUAGGGGCUUGGUUUGCUCCUGUAGCUCUGUCCGGUUGGUUACCGCAGGUGACGGUGGAGGUUGUUCCCUCCCACGUGGCCGCUGUUCAGCCGCCUCUUGGCCCUGGUUGUCUCUUCUCGUUUCUAUCUGUCGUUGUUGCUUGACCACGGUGAGACGGCGGUAGUGACUCCAAGACCGUGGUGGCGCGAGCUGGUGGGUGGUGAGGUUGGCGGAGCGCGAUGGAGCGUCCGGGGUCGUGGUUCUUUGGGGGUUGGGAGAAAUCCUUGUCGGAUGUCCGACACCGACGCGGUGACGCCCACGGGUGCCACCAUUCCUUCUUGAAGGGCGCUGGGUUCCCCCUCCCCACACCCCUCCCGCAUACCGGGGGAAACCCUAGGAUUUGUCCGGGCAGCAGCGUCGUCAUCGUCGUAUCCCUUCUUGAAGGUGUUGCUUAGGUAUGCGGCGCUUUAGAGGGCUGAUACGUCUCUAACGUAUCUAUAAUUUCCGAUGUUCCAUGCUUGUUUUAUGACAAUACCUACAUGUUUUGUUCAUACUUUAUAUCGUUUUGAUGCAUUUUCCGGAACUAACCUAUUGACAAGAUGCCGAAGUGCCAGUUCCUGUUUUCUGCUGUUUUUGGUUUCAGAAAUCUUACACAGGAAAUAUUCUCGGAAUUGGACGAAAUCAAGGCCCACGAUCUUAUAAUUCCACGAAGCUUCCAGAACACCGAAGAGGGGCCAGAGGAGAGCCAGGUGGGCCCCACACAUGGUGGCGGCGCGGCCAGAAGGGGGGCGCCCCCUAGUGUGUGGGACCCCCGUGGCCCCUCCGACUCCGCCUCUUCGCCUAUAAGAUGCCUCGUGACCUAAAUCUUCGACACGGAUUGACGAAACUCCAGAAAACCUUCCAGAGCCGCCGCCAUCGUGAAAAUCCAAUUCGGGGGACAGAAGUCUCUGUUCCGGCACCCUGCCGGGACGGGGAAUUGCCCCCAGAGCCAUCUUCAUCGACUCCACCGCCAUCUUCAUCGCCAUCGCUGUCUCCCAUGAUGAAGAGGGAGUAGUUCUCCCCCGGGACUGAGGGCUCUACCGUAGCUAUGUGGUUCAUCUCUCUCUUUGUGAUCGAGUUGAAUAUCAUCUAUGUGCUACUCUAGUGAUGUUAUUAAAGUAGUCUAUUCCUCCUCCAUGAUGUAAUGUUGACAGUGUGUGCAUCAUGUAGUACUUGGUAUAAGCUAUGAUUGUGAUCUCUUGUAGAUUAUGAAGUUAACUAUUACUAUGAUAGUAUUGAUGUGAUCUAUUCCCCCUUUCAUAGCUA